AUGAGGCCGGCGGGCGCGCGCGGCGGCGGCGGCGGCUGGGGGCGGCCCCGGGGCGGCGGCGGGGCCCGGGGGCGCGGCGGGCGGGGCCGGGGCGCGGGGCGCGGCCGGGGCCGGCGGCGCCGGGCGGUGGCGGCCGUGUCGGUGGAGCCGCACCGGCACGAGGGCGUGUUCGUGUACCGCGGGGCGGAGGACGCGCUGGCCACGCGCAACCUGGUGCCCGGGCUGUCGGUGUACGGCGAGCGGCGCGUCACGGUGGGCGAGGGCGGCGCGCGGCUCGAGUACCGCACCUGGAACCCGUUCCGCUCCAAGCUGGCGGCCGCCAUCCUGGGCGGCGUGGAGCAGCUCCACAUCCGGCCGCGCUCCCGCGUGCUGUACCUGGGCGCCGCCUCGGGCGCCACGGUGUCGCACGUGUCGGACAUCGUCGGGCCCGACGGCCUGGUCUACGCCGUGGAGUUCUCGCCCCGCGCCGGCCGCGACCUGCUCAACGUGGCCAAGAAGCGCACCAACAUCGUGCCGGUGCUGGAGGACGCGCGCCACCCGCUGCGCUACCGCAUGCUGGUGGGCAUGGUGGACGUGCUGGUGGCCGACGUGGCGCAGCCCGACCAGGCGCGCAUCGCCGCGCUCAACGCGCACGCCUUCCUGCGCGUCGGCGGCCACUUCCUCGUGUCGGUGCGGGCGCCGCGCGCGGGCGCGGGCGCGGCCCAGGCCGCCCUGGCCGCCGAGCUGCGCCGGCUGCAGCAGGAGAACCUGCGGCCGCAGGAGCAGCUGACGCUGGAGCCCUACGAGCGCGAGCACGCCGUGGUGGUGGGCGUCUACCGGCCCCCGCCCAGGGACAAGUAG